AUGAAUCCAAAUGAUGACAAAAACUCUCCCAAGUUUGAUGCAUCAGUGCCUGUGCCUGUUCCUAUGGAGUGUUUACUGAUGAACAACACUGUUCCUCCAUUUCUGUCAAAAACAUUCGAAUUAGUGGAUGAACCUUGUUUGAAUCCGAUUAUAUCAUGGAGUUCUAAUGGUGCUAGCUUCGUUGUUUGGGACCCUUUGGAGUUUGCUAGAAUCAUUUUGCCUCGACAUUUCAAACACAACAAUUUCUCAAGUUUUGUUCGUCAGCUUAAUACUUAUGGAUUCCGAAAGAUCGACUCCGACAAAUGGGAGUUUUUUAAUGAAGGUUUCCAGAAAGGGAAGAAGCACUUACUGAAGAACAUUCAAAGGCGUAGGUCGUCUCAAUCUCAACAAGUUGGUAACUAUGUUGGAUCUUCUUCUGAUGCAGCAGGGAAAUUUGGAGCUGAGGUUGAGAUAGAAAGAUUGAAGAAGGAAAGGAGUGUGUUAAUGCAACAAGUAGUUGAUUUACAACAACAGCAGCGAAUGACGGCUCGUCGUGCGGGAAAUGUGAAUCAAAGGCUUCAAUCUGCUGAACAAAGACAGAAACAAAUGGUUUCCUUCUUAGCCAAGUUGUUUCAAAAUCCGGACUUUUUAGCGCGGCUUAAGCAGAAGAAGGAACAAAAAGGUAUAGAAUCUCCAAGACUCAGAAGGAAGUUUGUUAAGCAGCAUCAAAAUGAAGAAGAGAAUCUCAAAGAUGGGAAGAAGAUAGUGAGGUACCAAGCAAAUUGUGAAAGUAAAGAGCCAAGUCCAGUUUCCAUUGAACACUCUCCUCACUAUCUUUCACAUGAUUUAGUUAAAGAAAUGAGUGCAGGAUCAUCUAGCUUUGGACUUGAUGAACAAUUUGUCAAAGGGAAAAAUGUUAUUAGUCCAAAUGAAGGAGUUAUUACUGAGAAUUUUGAAGGGUUUCAAGAGUUUCAAUCUCUUGGGACAGAAAGUAUUAUCAAGCAAGAAGACAUAUGGGGUCCAAACAUGAAUUUUGGUUCAAGUUGUGGGAAUGAGAUGUGGGGAAAUCCUAUCAACUAUGGAGUUAUUACAGGUGAGAUGUCAGAGACAGAUAUGUGGGAUAUUGGUUUUGGAUGUUUGGGUAUUGAUAAGUGGCCAGGUGAUGAAUCUUCUUUUGAUGAGAUUGAUGGUCAAGCUAGUCAGCCAAAAGAUUAUUAG